GCCCCCGCUACGCUUUGAGGGGUUCCAUAGGCAUCAGCAGUCUCCCCUAUAAUCUGUGUCUGUUUGCCAAUUUAUGUUGGAUUUUUAAUUACUUAUUUAAAAAUAAAGGAGAAACUAACCAAACAUUUCGAGUUUAGUGGAAACGGGUGCAAACAAUGGUUAUUUAAUUUGGAGACAAGUAAUCCCCUAUCGGCUGUCUACAUAGGAGUCUCGUCGCCGGCUUGGGAACCUUCGAUAUUUUCUCUUCUGAAAUAAAUUCUAAUUAUCUGUGAAUUAUCUCCUUGCACAUUGCCGUAAAUCGCAAUCGUCUGCAUCUCCUUGAGAAAUAACGUGCUAGUGAAAUGGAGGACUUAUUGCGAUGUCUGCGCAUAAUUGGCUAUGAGGGACCCUUGGUAUGCGUGAAUAGGUUCCAUGAAGCUUUGGAGAGAGGCCCCAAGUCUACGGAUUUCACUACCUUGGUAGCGUGGCUGUCAGAGCAAUUAUCCAUUUUUGGUAAUUUCGAGGAACGUGUUCAUCCAACAGCUGGCCCUGAAGACUCGAGUUCAUUUUUACUCGAAUUGAAUACAUUCUUGAAGGAAUUGGGCAGUAUCAACACUCAGUUCAUGACUGGAAAUAUGAAUCAACGACUGGGAACGAGACAAGAGAGGAUGCUUCUUCUGGAGCACCUGAUUCACGAGCUCAUGGCUAAUAAAAUCAUUGACUCAAAAAGACCCGACACUAGGGCGAAGCUCCAAGUAACAAUUCAUGAAAGUGACACUGCCAGGAAUCUCAAGGAUAUGCUGAUUGCUUUGGAAUUUGGGAAGCCUCCAGACAACAUCAAUACUGAACAAUUGUUUACGAAACUCGAUGGAAGACUAAAAACUGUGAUUUCCUCAGCUCCGAAGGAUUUGCUUGGUAAGCCACUGAUCAUGGGAGAAUUAUCGAAUGAACAAUGGGAGAAGAUUGAUCAGCUGCAGCAGGAAAUGAUGGAGGAGUUCACUAUACGGAGGGAGAUGUUGCUAAAGAGAUUGGAUGUCACUGUGCAAUCAUUUUUGUGGUCUGAUCGAAUAAAAGUAAAAGAGCAUGAACUCACCAACUGUUACCACUCGAAACGUGAUAAAAUGUCAUCUCGGCCAUCAGUAACAAUCUCUCAACUAUUAGCAGCGCGAGACGAUUUAGCAAUAAUUGAAAAGACAAGUAGUGCAGCAGUGAGGAAAAACACCCAGAGCAGUGUUACCAAGGUGAUAAUUGGAGCUGUGCCAGAUCGAGGAGGCAGACCGAGUGAGCAAGCACCACCACCACCAGAGAUGCCAUCCUGGCAGAAAAACCGAGUACCGGAUGCACCCAGAGGCGGGCGAGGGGGUGGUUGGGGAGGAGGAAGAGGGGGCGGUAGAGGAGAAGGACGAGAGGGUGGAGGUAAUUACAGAGACCACAAAAAUGCAUCCUCGAAUUUUGGACAGAAUAGAGACUGGCAGGACCAGCAGUCGAAUUCGGAAUCCUAUCAGGAGGAUUGUAGAGGGGGUGGGUAUCACAGGGGUGGGUUUCAAAGGGGUGCUCGUCCGGGAGGUUACAAAAGGGCAGGGAGGGGUGGGAGGGUACAAGGGGGAUGGGCUCAGGGAGAUGGAGGAUAUGAUCGUGGUAAAAGAUCUCGUUAUUAA